AUGCAAAAAAAAGAAGAAACACUUCGUUAUAGUUUAAAACGAGGACAAAAGGAAAUCAACACAUUUUUAUGUGAAGAGAAAGUGGAAAAGGAAAUGGAAGAAAGACAAUUAGGAUCUGUUAUUUUUAUGAGCACUUCGCAAUACCUUUCUAUUCUGCUUUUACUACCCUGCCCUAAUUGCCUUGACCUUAUUGCAUCAAAUCGAACAUUUUAUACCAGAGUAUCAGGAUUUAAUAUAUAUUGUGUUAUUACAUGUCUUCUUUGCAAAACAUCAACACAAUAUUCAAAUGAGGAUUCAGGAAUGAAGUAUUCACAAGUAGUUGCAGGGGCCACGCUUGCUGGGGGAGUAUAUAGAAAUUCUUUUCAAACAGCAUUGGCAACAAUUGGAGUGACCAACCAAUGUUGCAAAAAAUCUUAUUUUAACUGUCAAGCUUGUAUGUACAAAUCCAUCAUUGAUAGUGCAAAAUCUAGUUGUGAAGCAAUAUUAUAUGAGUUAUUAGAUCAUUUGGAAUCAGCUCAUUUACCAAGUCAAGAAAAGGUUUUACCCAUAGGUUUUGAUUUUUCAUGGUCACAUUUACGUAAUGCACACUAA